CCACUUGUGAAAGAAGAGAGCUGCAAGUGCAAAGCUAAGCUGUAAAGAUCCUGGCAGAACUAUGGGUUUCUUACUAUGCUCAGUCACUUUUCCUCCUCCUUUAGAUCUGUAUGUGUGUGUUUUUGAUAUGGUUUAGUAUAAUCUGUGUUAGCCACCCCAGGCUCCAGGGAGCAACGAGACUCGGUUGCCUAGCAAAGGUUGAGCUUUAAGGGCUGAACAGAAUUGUACUGGAAACCUUAGGGAGGCUCUAAUCCCUCCCUGGUUGCUUUAGAGAGGGAUUUGCUUAUUGGAGGUGGUCCUUGGGGCAGGUAUCGUGUGCGUGUGUGUACACAGUUCAUGCCUCACAGGUAUUUGACAGUGUGUGUGAGAGAGGAACAUUCUUGUUGAAUAAAUAGGUGCAGACGCUGCCUGGAAGGCAGCACUGACUGUCCAGCCACAGCAAGAGGAGGUGAACAUGAGUUGCCCUAGCACAAAGCCGGCCUGGUUGUCACAGCCGAUGGUGAAGAGUGUGUUGGUGUAUCGCAAUGGGGACCCAUUCUUCCCGGGGCACCGGGUAAUCAUCCAUGAGAAGAAAGUGUCCAACUUUGAUGUCUUCCUGAAAGAGGUGACAGGUGGGGUGAAGGCGCCUUUUGGAGCUGUGCGCAGCAUCUACACCCCGCGAGGUGGGCAUCGUGUCCAGCAGCUGGAGGAGCUCCAGAGCGGAGAGCACUAUGUGGCUGGUGGCAGAGAGGCCUUCAAGAAACUCAACUAUCCUGGAUAUAGGUGAGACGAAGAAAAAGCCUGCAGAAGUCAAUAAUGAGGUGAAGCCAAUUACUCAUUAUAGAAUCAAUGUGUCAGCACGGUUUCGAAAACCACUUCAAGACCCAUGUACUAUUUUUCUGAUUGCUAAUGGGGAUCUUAUAAAUCCAGCAGUGCGCCUCUUCAUCCCUAGGAAAGCACUAAAUCAGUGGGAGCAUGUUCUUGAAAUGGUGACAGAAAAAAUAUCCCUCAGAAGUGGAGCUGUGUUCAGGCUUUAUACAUUAGAUGGAAAACUUGUUCAGAGUGGAUCAGAUCUGGAGAAUGGACAGUUCUAUGUUGCAGUGGGCAGAGACAAGUUUAAGAAGUUGCCUUAUGGUGAGCUACUGUUUAGCAAGUCUACAGUAAGAAGACCUCAGGGUUCCAAAGCUUCUUCACUGCCUCCUGUUGUGGGAUCCCGAAAAUCUAAAGGGAGUGGAAAUGAUCGCCAGUCUAAAUCUACUGUUGACUACAGUCACACAGGAGACAUGUUGUCAUCCCCUCAGCCUCCAAAGAGAAAGGAAAAGAGAGAACAGACUGAAGGGAAGAUGAGUUUUUCUAACAAACCUGCAAAAGUGAAGCAAAAUAUGCGAACAAGAACUUACAUCCUUCAAAAUAAUGAUGAAGGCAUUUACAAAGCUGGUGGAAAACGAUGUGAAAUGUGGGGGGCAGUGGAAAUCCAAGAAGAUGAAGACACUCGGAUAGAAGUUCCAGUGGAUCAGAGACCAGCAGAAAUAGUAGAUGAGGAAGAAAAUGAAGAGGAAGAAGAGGGAGAUGAAAGAGAAAUGAAUGGAGGAGAUCAGGGAGAGGAAACAGGCGAGGCUGUUAAUGGAAAUAAUCUUGAGAAAACAGAUGAGAAUUAUGAAGAAGAGCAGGAAGAAGAGAAUCUUGAACAAUGUGAGGAAGAGGGCCCUUUCCACUUAAAUGGUGAAACAAAUGAAGAAAAUGGUGAGGAAAUGGAGCAGUUUAAUGAUUACAAUGAUCUUCAUCCUGAAGAAGAAACAAAAUCACAAGAGGACUUUGACAAUCAAAACCAGAUUGACUGUCAUCUGGAAAAACCAUCAAAUCCAAGAGUAACUAUCACCAGCCCACAGGGAAGUGAAAAAAAUGACCAAACAAAUGAGCACAACAUUGAGGGAAACCAGAGGUCUGUGAGGCAACAUGUAAGUGUGAAAAUUGCUCAAGAGUUUGACUACUUGAAGUCUAUCAUACUUUCACAGCUCAAUGAAAUGCAUCUGAAAGUUGUCUGAAUAUAAACAAAUGGGUGGACCCCUGAUAGAUUUAAGUCAAUGGGACAGUGUGCAUGUGGCAUGGUUCAUAAGACUGAACCCUAUUUGAGGUAACCAGCUGAAGACUGGAUGUAUGAAGAGUAGCAAAUUUGACAAGAAGGCCAUAAGUCACAUCAGCAAAUUGAGAA